AUGACAAUCACCCAUCGGCAACGGCCCAGCAAUGCCACUACAGCAAGCUCUACCAACAAUGAAGGCGGACAAAUCGACGACAAAGAGCCACCCAAAUACCACUGCGAUGCGUGCAGUAACGAUGUGACGAAUACUGUACGUAUACGAUGCGCCGACGAUGAUUGUCCCGAUUUCGAUCUAUGCAUCACUUGCUUUAGCGGCGGCGCCGAACCCAUGAAACACAAGACAUACCACAGCUACCGCAUCGUCAAACCGCACAGCUUUCCCAUUUUCAGCGAGGAUUGGGAUGCCGAUGAGGAACUGUUGCUAAUCGAGGCAGCCAUGAAGAAUGGAUUGGGCAAUUGGCAAGCGAUUGCCGACUAUGUGGGGACAAAGGACAAGCAAGAAUGCGAGCAGCAUUAUCUGGACGUGUAUGUAUCUAGUCCUGACUGGCCACGGCCGCGUAUGGAUAUCAAAUUUGAUGAUAUCAGCGAAAGCGAAUGCAGAGAGCGUAAGCGACAUCGAUUACAAAAGUCGCGUGGCAUGGGACCACGUACCAAGGCUCAAGUCAACAAUAACAAACCAGUGACGAGCGGACCAGCGUACCACGAGAUCCAGGGCUACAUGCCGCGUCGUUUUGAAUUUGAAACAGAGUACGAGAAUGAUGCGGAACAGUUUGUGAAGGACAUGGUGUUCAACGACGACGAUACACAAGAAGAAAUUGAUCUAAAAGUGAUGGUGCUGGAUAUCUACAAUUCGCGAUUGGAUCGACGGAUGGAACGCAAGCGGUUGAUCUUUGAACGUGGCUGGCUUGAUUUCAAGAAGCAGCAGGCACUGGAACGAAAACGACAAAAGGAGGAGCGAGAGCUAUACAAUCGCACGCGUGUGUUUUGUCGGUUGCAGACACCUACAGACUAUGAGACGCUGGUGCAAGGGCUUGUGCGCGAGCAGCAGCUGCGAGACCAGAUUGCAAUCUUGCAAGAGUGGCGAAAGGCGGGCCUGACGUCCUUGAAGCAAGGCGAGCAGUAUGAAAAAGACAAGCAGACACGGUUGGCGAAUCUCAAGACGCUCGUGUCGUUGUCGAGUGAUCGGAUGGGCACUGCAGCAGCGAAUCAACGUAAUAACUACCGCGCACAGAUCGCCGCCCUGUCAGCGACACCGAGUGCAGCAGGCUAUUUCCGCGAUGGACCCAAGGGAGCAGGAGCAUCAACAUCAUCAUCAUCAACAUCGGCGGCAGCAGCAGCAUCAGGAGCACGCAAGCCAGCCAAUCCGCUUGACAUCAGCGAGGCAGACGGUGUUCAUCUACUGACAGAACAAGAACAAAUUUUGUGUUCCACACUGCGCAUUUUGCCACGGCCGUAUAUGGUAAUCAAGGACACAAUCCUCAAAGAAUAUGCCAAACAAGGGUAUUUGAAGCGGCGGCAGGCUCGUGCACUCAUCAAAAUCGACGUCAACAAGACGAGCCGGAUAUACGACUUCUUUAUUGAAAGCGGAUGGAUCAAGGCGUUCAAGGAACCUAAUGCGUCACCGUCCCCU